AUGGUUACAAAAUUUGAUAUUGAUUGUCUCGUUAUAACCUUGGAAUUUCUUCAAGAUUCUCCUACUUCUCUAUUCUCUUGCGCUUUAGUUAAUCGAACUUGGUGCAAAAAUGCUUUACCAAUUUUAUGGAGAAAUCCUUGGCAUGAUUCUAUUAUUGAUGCCAUAGAUCCUAUUAGAAGAAGACGUUUAUUAAUUUCAAAAUAUAUUGCUACUUUGCCGUCUCCUUCAAAAUCUAUUCUUAUAAAAAACAAAAUUAAUUUACCUCCUCCUAUAAUAAAUCCUAUUUUUGAUUAUUCAGCUUUUAUUCGUUAUUUAAAUUUAGAUGCUCUAAAAUUAUCUAUUAAAUCUUGGAUUUAUGAUUCAAAUUCUCCAAAAGAAUUUCAUGGUGUCGUUUGUCCUCAGAUCACUGUUGUUGCAAGAGAAUUAUUAUUAUAUUUCCUUAAAAAAUCUCCUUCUAUACUUUGUAUUGAAGCAAAAUAUGGUAACGAUCUCCUUGAAAUCCUUUUAGAUAUUUUAAAUUCUUUUCCUGAUUCAAAAUUAAAAUUUAAUGAUUUAAGAGAAUUAAUUUGUCAUGGUGCUUUAAAAGUUAUUCCUACUUUUUUCUCUAAACUUUCUAUUAUUAGUAGAACUAUUCAACGUUUAAUCAUUGAUCCUUAUCAAGAUAUUGAACAUUUGGCUACUUUAAUUAAAUCUCAAAAAAAUUUAAAAGAAAUUACUAUAGGUCAUUCUUAUACAAGUCCUUUUUCUACUUCAAGUCGUGAAGCUGUUUUAUCGGCUUUAAGUAAUUCAAGAUCUAUCACUUUAUUAAAAAUAAAGUAUAUGUAUUUUCCUUUAAUUCAUUUAGCUAAUUUAGUAAAUUUAGAAGAAUUAAGUUUACAAGGUUUUGGAAAACGUGAAGUUAUGAAUGAAAUUUGGGAACCUUUAUUAUCUAUAUCUAUGUUAAAACUUAAAAAAUUAUUUAUUUCAAGUUUAUUUACAAACGCUAAUUUGGAAAUUUUUUCUAAAUUUAUUCAAAAAUCUCCUAAAUUACAAGAAUUAACUAUUCGUAGUAGUAGAAUUUCCGAUCCUGAAAAUUCUAAAUUACUUCUUUUAUCUAUAUCUCAAUCUUGUAGAAAUUUGGUUAAAUUUGAAGGUCCAAUAAUGGAUCAAAAUGUUAAUGAACUUUCUCAAUUAUUAUAUUCUUGUCCAAAUCUUUCUUUUCUUUAUCUUCAUCCUUCAACUGAAUAUUAUUUUAUGCAAGAUCAAAUGGACUUUGAUAAUCUUUUAAAAGAAAUUACUCGUAUUCAACCUGCUCGUUUGGAUUUAUUAAAAAUUGCUAGAGGUUGGAAAUUUUCUGGUGAAUUAAUUGGUAAAUUUUUAGAAAGUAGAAAACAAUUAGGAAAACAAAUUUGUCUUUAUUGGAGUCAAUCUAUUUCAACUACUGAAAGUUUAGAUAAAAUUGUUAAAAAAUAUUAUGAUGAAGGCGUUUUUAUUCAUUAUAAUAGAAAUAAGUAUGAAGAUGUUGAAACUUACCUUAAUCAAUCAAUAUCAAAACAUUAA